AUGGGCGACGACGAUGAGAGCAAAACGAUUCGAAUUCUUUGCCGCAAAUUCAUCCUCCCAAAAUUCGAUGAUCAUCUUCAACCCACAGACGCACAAAUUCAAUGGUUAAUCGGUUCUUCAUUCUUCCCAUCGCAUACAAUCAUCUCCACUCUCCGAUGCAUUCACACUCUCCCUUCCGAUCCCAGCAUUCCAGAUUUUGCCAAAGAGUCAGAUGAUAUUGAGACGCUGGUUCCAAAGGGAUUUGAGGUGAUAGGAGCCUUGAUUACAAAGCGUGAUACAGAUUUUGAGAAUUUGGCUUGUGAGGCAGUUGAUGCUGUUCUUAAGCUGAGGAAGUUACUGUAUAAGGAUACUGGUAAAGCUUCUGGGGAUCUUCAGCUCGUUGGAGGUGCUGUGGACUUGGAGAAUGGAGGUGACAUCAGGUUUUAUGUUUCUAUGAUUGGAGAUCCUCAAACUAUAGAAAGUGUGUCUUCAGUAGUAUAUGAAGAGCAACCUGAGAAAUAUUUACGUGAGAGAGGUUGUAUGCUACAGUGUCAGCUUCUGUUGAAGUUGCCAGUUUAUUUUCCUGCAGAAAAUCCAAAGGAUGCGGAGAACAUUUACAUUCGUGCGACUGAAGAUGUUGCUACUAACUUGAUGGAUCCUCAAACUUCUUACCUUAUAGAAGCUAAUGAACCCUCAGCAGAUGAACCGCCUCUUGUUCUCCGCAGCUCAGAUUUGGAUCAACAGGAAAAUCCUAACAUAGCUUUACAGGAAUCUAGUUUGAAGACUUUAGAUUGUUCCAACUUUUGUUUGAAAGGCAGGAGUAUGUCUUCUACUUGGAUGGAGGAGAAUGCAGACAGAAUCCAUGUGAGUAUCUUCGGUAAUGCAUCAAGAAGCCCUACAAAACCUUCUGCCCCUAUCGCUGAAUUUUAUCCUGCUGCCGCCAACACGAAAGUUCUGGUUGUAGUUCAGAAAAUGGAAGUUCUCUGUUAUGCAGCGAAGGAUCUUUUGUUGACAUCCGCUGUUUCUAAAUUGAUCAUUCCUGCACUUGUUUGUCAAAUUCGUUCUAUGAGGAACAAAAUCUUGCCCAACCUUUUGACACAACAUCAACAGUUACAGCCAUAUCACUUCGUUCCUCCAGGUUUCUUGCAUCCUGUCACAGUUAUGUAUGAACUUAGUUAUGGGGAACUGGAAAUGAAGCAAGUUGAAGUCAGAAAAUCCCUUCACGUCAGACUCGGAUUGCCAUUGGAUCGUCCACUCUUAAGAAUUGUUAAUGCUGUUAACUUAUUUGGGAGGAAUAAUUCACUGGAAAAAUCUUCGAGAAAGGGUACAUCUUUGCUCAAAGAUGUCCAUCUUGGGAUCCCAAGCAGUGGAGUCUCUGGAGGUACAAUGUCUCUGAUUCAAGGUUCCUAUGAAUACUAUCAUUACCUCCACGAUGGGUUUGAUGACUCGGGCUGGGGUUGUGCUUAUCGUUCUCUUCAAACUAUUAUCUCAUGGUUCAGGCUUCAACAUUACAGUACACUAGAUGUCCCUUCCCAUAGGGAAAUACAACAGGCACUUGUAGAGAUUGGAGAUAAGGAUCCGUCUUUCAUUGGAUCGCGUGAAUGGAUUGGAGCUAUUGAAUUGAGCUUUGUGCUAGACAAACUUCUUGGGGUUAGUUGUAAAGUGAUAAAUGUCAGAUCUGGAGCUGAACUUCCUGAGAAAUGUCGAGAGCUGGCCCUGCAUUUUGACACUCAAGGAACUCCUGUGAUGAUUGGUGGUGGUGUUCUUGCAUAUACUCUUCUAGGUGUUGAUUACAACGAAGUAAAUGGUGAUUGCGCGUUUCUCAUACUGGACCCGCACUACACCGGCACGGAUGAUCUCAAAAAGAUAGUCAAUGGUGGAUGGUGCGGGUGGAAGAAGGCUGUCGAUAGCAAAGGAAAGCAUUUCUUCUUACAUGAUAAGUUUUACAAUCUUCUGCUUCCCCAAAGGCCUAAUAUGUUUGUACUCAACCGGCGUCAAUUUCUCCCGGCGAUUUCAAACAUUCAACUAAAUAUCUACGGCGCGGCUUCUCUUUUAACAGCCGGCCGAGCAUCGGAAGCUCUGAAACCAACGAAUUCCAUUUUGGAAUCCGAGACUUCCAAGCCACAAUCGGCGAAUUUCCCAACUAGGCUUCACCAAAAAAUGGCAAAUUAUUAUGAAAUCGAUGAUGUUUUGGCUGAGGAUGAGAUUGUUCCAGUUGUAUUCCAACAAGCAGCAGAUGGUGUUGGGCUACUUGAUUCUAGUGAUGAUACAAACAAGGUGGAAGCUGGUUCCAGAGUAGAAUUACCCUUUUGGUUAGCACGUGAUUUACACUUAAGAGGAGUUGUAUCCAUUGAUGUCCCUCCCUACUUUAAGAAAGUCUCUAGAACAAGGAAGGAAAUUGGUGCUGAUGCAGCUCAUGUGGAUUUAAGAAAUAGAUGCCAAUACUUUUAUGAACUAGGGCUCAAGAUUGCACCACUGGUUGGUGACAAGACCAUUGGACCUUUCUUGUUGGUUGCAUUUCAGACUAGAUAUAAGGAGGUCCUCAUUAAAGCACAUACUGCUUCAUCUGUUGUGGCUCCCAAAAACUUAGCAUUCCUGACAAACGAAGAGACCAAAUUGUACGAGGCUGGUCAAUCAUCCACGGCUGCAUUUAAGAAGUGGCGAAUGGGUGGUCCAAGGAUGCAAAGAGCUUCUGUUCUUGGUAGGAAGAGGAAACCAAAUGUUUAA